GUGCACGUGAGCGUCGAGGUGCUGGAGAGCGAAGGAAUGCUUAUUAGCAACACCGCGAUCGAGGAGCCGGCCCGCAUAGAAACUGCAGAUCUGUUCACGCAGCUCGGGGUGUCCUGGUUGGCGCUGGUGCUCAGCGGCGGCGUCUUCGUCAUCUUGCCCAGGUACCAGACACUGGCGCAGUUACUCCUUUUCUUCGGGGCCCAGAACUUCAUGAACUUGUUGUACAUCAAGGCGAUCCUGUCCAUCCACACGGUCUCCCAGCAGCUCGCGGGCUUCCUCUUCCUCGCGCUGGCGAUCCUUGUGUCCCAGCUGACGCCGUGGGCCUACAGGCCGCACACCAUCGUCAGCAAGGACCAGGCCUUCGCGGUGAUGGCCCUCGCAGUGUGCUUCACCCUGAACAUCGCCCUCAACAACUUCAGCCUCUCGCUCCUGGACAUGUCCGUUGACGUUAUUGUCUGCGCCACGAGCCCGCUGAUGUCUCUUCUCCUGCAGCUGUGCUUUCCUGCGAAGGUAGGCAUGGUGCUACUCGGCGUCAUCUGCGCGGCGCUGGUGGUCAUCUCCAAGAGGGUCAAGCUGAACGCUAUCGACUUGCUUAUUUACAUGGCCAUUCCAAUCGUCGUGCUGCUGUUGUUGCCCAUCUACUUGAUCAAGCACCCCGUGUCUUAUCCUGGGUACGAGAUGGCCACGAAUUUCAGCGUGUUCGUGGAGAUCGCCCAGCUGAGCCUCGGCACCGUGGUGCCGGUGAUGCUGUCCGGCAUCUGGGCCCUCGGCUACAACCUCUUGCUGUACAACAUUGUCAGGGUGGCGGCCAUCGCCCUGGCCCUGCUCAUGGGCAUGGAGUCGCUGCAGGCCGGCCGCUGGAAGUGCCUGAUGUGCGCGGGCGUGGCGGGGAACAUUGCGGCCUGCACCGCGUGCAGCCUGUGGCCGCCGCAGCCGAAGAAGGCCCUCACGAGCCUCGUUGCCGAAAGCCGGCUCAACACGCCGCCCACUGCAGGGCAGGCCCUGCAGGUUUCUGUGGAAGCUGUCUCGUCUGGGGAAGCUGCCGACGAGCUUGUCGAGUCCAGCAUUGGCGACUUAAAUGAGGUGCUGGCGCAAUAUGGCAAACAGAUUGACGAGAGCAGGAAAUUGAAUUUUGUAGGCAGCGAGGUUUCUAUUUCGGAAAUGCGGAGCAGGGCCGCGGCAGCAGCAGACGUAGAAAUGCUCGCCGUGGCUGGUCUAAACAUGGGCCGAUCUUUGGACGAGCAUACAGCAAAGCAGCUCACAGACGAUUACGCGGACGAUUGUAUUCUAGGGCGCGCCUGCUCGGGAGAGCGCCAGAACAGGACGCCGACCAGGUUCUGGACCGCGAAGAUUCGCGCCAAGGUGCACGUGAGCGUCGAGGUGCUGGAGAGCGAAGGAAUGCUUAUUAGCAACACCGCGAUCGAGGAGCCGGCCCGCAUAGAAACUGCAGAUCUGUUCACGCAGCUCGGGGUGUCCUGGUUGGCGCUGGUGCUCAGCGGCGGCGUCUUCGUCAUCUUGCCCAGGUACCAGACACUGGCGCAGUUACUCCUUUUCUUCGGGGCCCAGAACUUCAUGAACUUGUUGUACAUCAAGGCGAUCCUGUCCAUCCACACGGUCUCCCAGCAGCUCGCGGGCUUCCUCUUCCUCGCGCUGGCGAUCCUUGUGUCCCAGCUGACGCCGUGGGCCUACAGGCCGCACACCAUCGUCAGCAAGGACCAGGCCUUCGCGGUGAUGGCCCUCGCAGUGUGCUUCACCCUGAACAUCGCCCUCAACAACUUCAGCCUCUCGCUCCUGGACAUGUCCGUUGACGUUAUUGUCUGCGCCACGAGCCCGCUGAUGUCUCUUCUCCUGCAGCUGUGCUUUCCUGCGAAGGUAGGCAUGGUGCUACUCGGCGUCAUCUGCGCGGCGCUGGUGGUCAUCUCCAAGAGCGCCCAGAAGAAGACGACGGCCCAGAACUAG